CCCACAGGCGGCACUCCCUGCAGUAUUAGGUUACAGAGACUCAAAAUGGAUCCUUCUACAUUGGCUUCAGCCGGGAACACGUGACAGGUGUUUGUCAGGCAGGCUCCCAGGCUCCCGGAAGACGCUUUGGUUAGUGGGCUUGGGGCUGCACGCCUAUGAAGAUGGAUGAGCGAUAUUAUACACAAACUGAUGAGCAGGCUGAUGUCAAGGCGAAGUACCCACCCGUAAACAAGAAUUACGAAUAUCUGGACCACACUGCAGAUGUUCAGUUACAUGCUUGGGGAGAGACUUUAGAAGAAGCAUUUGAACAAUGUGCCAUGGCAAUGUUUGGUUACAUGACUGAUAUAGAAACAGUUGAACCUUUGGACACAGUAGAAGUGGAAACAGAAGGGGAGGACUUGAUCUCUCUUCUAUUCCACUUUCUGGAUGAAUGGCUAUAUAAAUUUAGUGCAGACCAAUUCUUUGUACCAAGGGAAGUAAAAGUUCUGAGCAUCGAUCGUGUAAAUUUCAGGAUUCGAUCUAUUGGGUGGGGAGAAGAAUUUAGCUUGACCAAACACCCUCAGGGAACUGAGGUAAAAGCCAUUACAUAUUCAGCCAUGCAGAUCCAUGAGGAGGAAAAGGCAGAAGUUUUUGUAAUCAUUGAUAUUUAAGCUCUAAAAGAAUGCACUACUCUCUUCCACAACUCUACUUGAAGACUACGGUAUAGAAGGGAACUGUCACUUCUGCAAACACAUGCUUUUCUACUUUCCUUUUGGCAGGAUGCAGAUGUGUACUAAACGUUCCUACUUAUGCAUAGUACAGGUAUGGGAUUCGUUAUCCGGAAACCUGUUAUCCAGAAAGCUCUGAAUUAUGGAAUGCCCAUCUUCCAUAGACUCAAUUUUAUCCAAAUAAUCAACAUUUUUGAAAAUGAUUUCCUUUUUCUCUGUAAUAAUAAAACAGUACCUUGUACUUGAUCCAAACUAAGAUAUAAUGAAUCCUUAUUGGAAGCAAACCAAGCCUAUUGGGUUUAUUUAAUGUUUACAUGAUUUUCGAGUAGACUUAAGGUAUGAAGAUCCAAAUUACAGAAAGAUCUGUUGUCUGGAAAACCCCAGGUCCCAAGCAUUUGGGAUAACAGGUCCCAUGCCUGUAUUUUUAAAAUACAUUAUGGCUGGGGAAAUACUUGCACUUGGUCCGUUAACUGUACACCUCUAACAUACCCAACUAAUUUAGAACUGCACUGAAAUGUAAAACAGAAUUGUAUAUUUCAAAUUGUAAUUAAAAUCUAUUUGAUCCUA